AUGAGCUGCCGCACCUCUCAGCCUGAUUCGAUCCAACAAGGCAAGAUGGGUCCAGAAACCGGAUCAGCGCUGUCAUCUGUACCGCCCGUAGAAAAUCCGCGUGAAUGGGGAACCGGUAAGAAGACCCGGGUGACCCUGAUCCUUGGCGUCAUGGUGCUCUCUUUUACCUAUCUUUCGACCGCUUUUGCGCUCUCUGCCCGCUCACUGCAGCAAUACUUCAAUACAAGCGCUGAAGUUGUCACGCUGGGCCUCUCGCUGUACGUGUUAGGAUUUGCACUUGGGCCAUUGCUCAUGGGCCCAUUGGCCCAGACAAACGGCAAGCGCCCUGUUUACGUCAUUUCCUGGAUUCUGUUCACCGCUUGCUGCUUUGUUGUCUCCGAAUCCAAGAAUCUGGGCGCGAUUCUUGCUUUUCGACUUUUAAGCAGCAUUGCUGGAGCAUCAGCCCUCAAUAAUGUGCCGGCGUCAUACAGCGACAUGACUACGCCGCCAAAAUAUGCACCCUUCUUUACCUGCUAUGGCUUUUCGGCAUUUGCAGGUCCAGCGUUAGGCGGUUUGGUGGGCGCUUUUGUCAACGAGCGAGCAGGAUGGCAAUGGAACCUAAGGCACCAGGCCAUCUUUGUUGCCGCUGUCACGGUGGUUAGUAUCCUCUUUGUGCCCGAGACGGAUCAUUCGAAAUUGAAACGACUCCACCAUGCCAAAUAUGCAGUGCAGGAGAAAUGCGAUGCCGAUGGCGAGAAAGCAAGAUGGUUCUCGCGAAUGUCAAGAACAUUGCACUCGGUCGGCAAUGAAAUGGUUCGAUCGAUCAAACUCCCCUUCCAAUGGCUACUCACGGAUCGAGUAGUGCUGGUUAUCUCGAUCUACACGUCGUUGCUUUACGCGAUCAUCUACGACUUUUUUGUCAUCAUCCCGCUCGCAUUUGCUACAAUCCGAGGGUUCGAGCCGGAAUCGAUCGGAUUGAUGUACAUCACUCUGUUUAUUGGGGUCUCGAUGUCCGCUUGCAAUUAUUACUUCAUCCAAGAGGCUAUCAACCGACGCAUUCGAGCCAAGAGCGGCAAAAAGGUGCUGCCACCCGAGACAUCUCUCAUUCACGCCAUCUACGGAUGCUUGCUGGCUCCUGUUGGACUCUUUCUGUUUGCAUGGACGAUCCCCUUCACCAAUGUGCAUUGGAUUGUGCCGGCCAUUGGUAUUGUGCUACUAUGCACCGGAUCGAUGUCAGCUUUUACAUCUUUGAUCCCUUACAUGGUAGCUUAUGGAGGUCCUUCAGCUCCUAGUGUUCUGGCAGCCGCCGGGUUCUGUCGUUCGGCAUUGGCUGCUGUGAUGCCACUGUUCACGAGGCAAAUGUGCAGAGGCAUUACGGUGCAAGGAGCAACCAGUUUGCUAGGAGGGCUUGCGUUGCUCUUGACGCCGCUGCCGUUGCUGCUUUACAUUCACGGAGGCAGAUUGAGAGAACACGUCCGUCAGAAGAAGGAAGCAGCCACAGCGGCCGAGGCUGCAGCAAAAGCGCUGGAAAGUAAUGGGACGUCGCCGCCUCAGAACUAUGGUAACGCGGAUGUGGUAGGAGCAAGUAUUGCUCCAGGUGGCUCGAUGGAGCGUCAAGUCUCGCGUUCGUCAGCCGAUGCUACCUCGGCCGUCUCCGACAAGGUAGCACCGUGA